CUCAUGUUUCCUUCUUCCUACUUGAAAUCUAGUAUUUUCCAAAAAUACUAUCGGAAAACCACCACUACAUACUUGUCCAUCUACGGCAUAGAUAAAGAAUUUUGUUGUAACAUUGCCGGUAGCCCCUUAGUGGCAAAUACUCAGGCUAUGGUGAAGGAAUUAUGUCACAUCAUUCCUAAUACAAGGCGGGAGGCCAAUUGUUUCGUCGAUGACAUCUUGACGGGACGCACUUCGCCUCUUUGGUACGAGUUAAAGCCAAUAUGA